UCACAUCCAAGCCAUCCAUCAUGGCAGUCCAAGACCACUGGGACUGUCGCCAGGAACCUUGUUAUCUUUGGCUGGUCGCAGCGUGUCAUCUGAGUGGUCUGCGUACUGCCCCCAUACCGCGAAGCUGUCGGAAAGCUUUCUCAGAGCACCCCAUCGCGCACUGCCCAACAACCCUCCAUCCCAGCACCGCGUCGCGGGGUUCACCCGAGUGAUCGAUCAUCGCAGAUCGCAGCCUGUGAUUUGAGCUUCCUCGAAGAAAUUUGACCUCAAGUACCAUGCCAUCGUCUGCCCCCGUGCCCGCGACGGGUUUCCAGGCCCUCAUCCUGUGUGGCCCUGGCGUCUCUCUCAACACCUUCACAUCCAACCCCGAAGAGUACCCAAAGAGCCUUGUUCCUAUCGCAAAUCGGCCCAUGGUAUUCUACCCAAUCGACUUUUGCAAGCGGUCAGGAAUCACUGAUAUCACCUUGAUCACGCCCCCGUCCUCCCUUGCUCCACUGCAGGCCGCCCUCAAGCAAAAUCCGCAUCUUACAUCACUCCCCUCGCCGUCGGUAUCAGUGGUAGCCCCGAAAAAUCUCGAGAUGACCACGGGAACUGCCGAGCUGCUCCGUCUACCCGAAGUCCAAGACUGUAUCAGAACCGACUUCCUCCUUCUUCCCUGCGACAUUAUCUGUGACAUACCUGGUGAAUCUAUUCUCGAGGCAUGGAUGGUGACCCAGAGCGCUCUGGGAGGUAAUAACUCGGGCUCUGGAGGGGAGCAAGGGGGUCGUCGCGGCGGGCUUGCCGUGUACUAUCAGACACGAGGCCGAGAGGAGAGCGUUAAAGGCGAAGCUAGCGACUUUGUAGCCAUCGCACCGCUCGAUGAGGAUGAGGCGCCGGCAGUAUCACAUUUGGUUGAUGGGCCAGCAGCCUUGCGGUUUGGCCUAUCGAAACUGGUCAUGUCAAUGCCUAUGGAUACCGUGAAGGAGAGAAUGGAGCAGGACAAAGGCUUCCUUGUUCGCCAUUCAUUAGUCGAUAAGCACUCGCAGGUCAAGAUGUUGACAAGCUAUCGGGAUGCACAUCUCUAUGUCUUCCCGUAUUGGGUUAAGGAUCUAGCGCGUCAUCAGGAAAAGUUGGAGUCAGUAAGUGAGGAUCUCAUUGGCUACUGGGCCAAAGCGGGAUGGCAAAAGAGUCUAGGAGACAAGUUAGGAAUGAACGAAAUUUUCCAUGAUCACAGUGAACAUGAGAAUCGGAGUCAUGAUGGCGAAUUGUUGGAGGAAGAAAUCGAUCUCGAACAGAUCAGUUCUACUAAGACUGGCACCCGGACUUCGAAAUCGAAUGAACAUCCCCAGAUACUCGCCUAUGUACAACGAGGAUCAACGCCGUUUAUUCGGCGGGUCGAUAGCUCCGCGAUACUGCUUUCGACAUCACUUCGGCUGGCCAAGCUAGAAUCCAUUGAGGAGGUUGGCCGUCAGGCAGCAUCGCCUUUCUCCCAUAACCAGAAGAUUGCCUAUCCGGAGGGGGUGGCUCAACGCUGCACUGUUACAAAGAGUGAUUGUCUCCUCGCCGAGAAUGUUACCGUGGAACCGACCUGUGUCAUCAAAGAGAGCGUCAUUGGUCCCAACUGCCAUAUAUCCAGCGGCGCACGGCUCACUCGCUGCGUCCUGAUGGAAGGGGCUGUUGUUGAGUCCAGGGCUCAAUUAACAGGCUGUCUGAUUGGCCGACGAGCGAGGAUUGGCCGUGAAUCCGUGCUCAAGGACUGCGAAGUUCAGGAUGCCAACGUUGUUCCGGAGGAAACUGAUGCCAAGAAUGAGAAAUUCAUGGUGUUCGAGGGUCUGGAUGAUGAUGGAGGCAAUGACAUGGAUGAUCUGGAGGAGUUUGACGAUUAGAUCUGCUGAUGACCGGUUUGAUAUCUAUAUAUUCCACAUACCCCUGCUAUUUAUGACGAGAUAGACUAAAUGACUUGAGGAUCGGACUCACUUGUUCCCAAAUGAUGAACCUCAACGACACAUGGUUUUCAGCAGCGGUAUUGACAGCUCCUGUUCCUAUUCCGAUAUGGACAUCCGGCAGAAAUAAAUAAGUGUCAUGGUAGCCAUACGGCUGACCCAGGGACAAGGAAUGUCCCCAUUGCCAGUAUCUUCCGCAGGAUAGUUUUGAUCUGUUUAUUUCCUGGGAUAGGGUGAACUAGCAGGCUGUAGACAGACCUUGGGCGUAAAGGCAGCCCUCGUGGUACUAUUCAUGUUCUACUUCGAACGCGAUCUGGCAGACAACCUCUCCAACUGGUAUAAAUACCGCACGGAAUAUCCACUU